AUGGGCGGCGUACUGGCGAAGGUUUUCGCUGGUGUGACGGAAGGCGAGGACACGCAGGUGGACGCCCUCGGUAUAGUCACGCGCCUGCUGGGCUCCGACAGCCAGCACAGCAGCGACGUGCUUCUACCGGGCGGUGCACUGGGCGGGCUGCUGCUGGGGGGAAUGGGCGGAGGCAUGGGGGGAGCGGCUGGGGGCGAGAAGGGGGGUAACAGCAAGGGCAGUGGGGCAGGAGGUACGAGCAAAGGAAGGGAGGUACCCAGCUGGGCUAACUGGCUCAAGCCGGUGGGGAAGGCAGGAGGAGGGACGGUGGCUGACGGGCACGUGGGUGUUUCCGGUGUGCAGCAGCCGUUGAAGGCUGUUCUGAGGGAGGAUGGGGUGGACCCGUACGCGCUUCCUUACAGUGAGGACCCGGACGAGGGGGGGUGUUGGGGCAAGGGCGGAGUGGGUGAGGCGGAGAGGGGGGCGGAAGGAGGGAAGGCUAGUGGAGGGCGGAAGGGAGGGGAUAAGGGAGAUGGGGUGGAGGAAGAGGAGUUGGAAGAGGAGGAAGAAGCUCGAAAAGUGAAGGGGAAGAGGACGCGUGGAAGUGCAAGAGGUAAGGGAAGAGGAGGAGGAAGAGGGAGAGGAGGGAGAGGAGAGGGGAAGACAAAGGGGAGGGGCAAAGGGGCGAAAGGGGCAGGUAGCGAAGAGGGUAUAGAAGAAGAGAAAGGGGAGGAAGAGGAGGCGGAGGGGAUGGGGCAGAAGGGCAGAGGGGGGAAGAAUGGCAGGUCAGGGACGGGCGGGCGUGGGGCAGGUGCAGCAGGGCAAGGGGGGAAGCGAGGGAGAGGCGCAGGGAAGGGUGCAAGUGCAAGUCCGAGCCACGGGCUGGAUAGAGAGUAUUUCUUGAAGCUGAGUCAGCUGCAGGAGGAGGAGGAAGAGGAGGAGGAGGGGAGGGGGAAGAGAAGACGGUUGUCAAAGUCUUGGAGAGCAGGAGAGGGCGUUGGAGGAGAGGAGAAGGAGAAAGGGGUGCCGCAGAUAGAGGAGAGGGAGGAGAGCGAGGAGAGAGCUGGGAUGGAAGAGAAAGCAGUGGGAGCGCAAGAGGGCGAAGUUCCUCCUGAAGGUGAGGAGACAGGGCUGCAACAUCCGAGGUUGGGGGAGUCUGCUCCCUUGGAAAGCCAGGAAGGAGGACCGCUGAACCCAAGCCUGGGCGACGCAGCUGGUGUGGAGAAUGCGGGUCUGAGCGAGCCAGUUCCAGUGGGAGCAGCAGGCGGGCAGGUGCAGGGAUCAGAAAACGCGGACGGUAUGCCCUUUGAUUCCCAGGCGGUUUGGAUGGACUCGCAAGCGGUGGAGAUGGGUGUGGGGGGGAGCCUGGGCGUGCAGGUGAGCCUGGGGGAGGUGUUAACUGCGGAUCUGGAGAUGUCCCAGCGGUGGACGGAGGGGGGAGGGGGCGGAGGAGGGAGUGAGGAGGGGGGUGAGAGGGUGGAGGAGAAGGAGGGAGGGGAUGAAAGGAAGGUUGAUGGGGAUGAGGGCAAAGGUGGAAAGGAGGGCAAGGAUGGUGGGGAGGGGAAAGAGGAUGGUGAAGAGAGGGGCAAGGGUAGAGAGGCGAGGGGCAACGUGAGUGGGAAGUCGGAUGCAGGUUUGGCUUCAGUGGAAAGCGGGGAAGGUGAUGGAGUGAAUAAGGACGGGGAAGAGGAAGGAGGGAGGGGAAAUGGUGAGAGGGAGGUGAAGAGAAGGCGAGUGGGGAGUGGUUUGAGCACUGAAGGAGUGGAAGGAGGGGGAAGAGGGAGGAAAAGUCCAGAGGUAGAGGGAGCAGGGGAGGCAACAGAGGCGGGGGGAGAAGCAGAGGCCGGGGGAGCAGCAGAGGCCGGGGGAGCAGCAGAGGCCGGGGGAGCAGCAGAGGCCGGGGGAGCAGCAGAGGCCGGGGGAGCAGCAGAGGCCGGGGGAGCAGCAGAGGCCGGGGGAGCAGCAGAGGUUGGGGGAGCAGCAGAGGCCAGGGGAGAAGCAGAGGCCGGGGGAGCAGCAGAGGCCGGGGGAGCAGCAGGGACAAAGGCGUCAGCAGAGGCAGGAAAGGAAACUGAGGAAGGGGGAACAGUAGGAGCAAGCGCGAGAGCAGCGGGGGCAGCCAGGACUGAAGCAGCUGCAGUGGGUGGUAUGGCUGGUGAUAUUGCUUGUGCGUUCUCCCCCGUGGGUGAAGACACACAGAUUGCCCUUGACGCUCUUGACCUCAUUCUCGUGCAGGAGGAGGGGAUGGGGGAGGAGGAGAAGGGGGAGGGGGAGGGGAAGGUUGAGGAAGCAGAGGAGGGCGGGAGAGGGAAGAGGAGAGCAGCUGGGAGAGGCAAGGGAAGAGGAAAGGGGAGAGGGCAAGGGAGAGGCGUGGGGAGAGGGAAUGGAAGAGGGAAGGGAGGAAGAAGAGGGGUAGUGCGGGAGGAAAGCAAGAGUGAAGCAGGGCUGGUGGGACUGGAAAGAGCAGUGGAGGAGGAAGGGGAGCAGGGAGGGGGAGGUGCAACAGUGGAAGAAGGGAAAAAGGGUGGAAAGGAGGUGGAUGGGGAAGGGGAGCAGAGCAGGGCGACUGGGACCAGGGGAGGCAGGCGAGCAGCAGGCAGCAGUCGAAUGACCCAAGGGUUGGUGGCCUGCCAGGUGAAGCGAGCGGUUAAGAGGGGGGAUGGUGGUCUGAACGACGGGGCCGUAGCAGAGGGGAAUGGCGGGGAGAGAGGAGAGGGAGGGUGCAAGAAGGGAGAUCGCGGAAGGGGGGAGGAGGAGGAUGGAGAAGGGGAGGGGGCGGUGGGGAACUGGGGGAAGAAAGUAAAGGGGAAGCCAGAGGGGAAGGAAGGGAGGAAGCACGAGGGGAAGGAGGGGAGGAAAUUAGAGGUGGAGAAGGGAGGGAAGAAACAAGUGCGGAAAGAGGGGAAGAAGCAAGAGGGGAAGGAAGUGAACAAUCAAGAGGGGCAGGUGGCAGUUGCUGGUGGUGAUAGUGUGAGUGGGAGGAAGAGGAGAAAGACGUCUCUCGGGCUGCAUGAUGGCUUCUAUGAGCUUUUGGAGUCGAGUGAGAGUGAGAAAGGGAGUGAUAAAGGGACUGAGAAAGGGAGUGAGGAAGAGAGUAAGAAAGGGAGUGAGGAAGGGAGUGAGAAGGGGGGUGAUUCUGCGAGUGAUGUGGGGAGUGAUGAGAGUGAGGAGGAAGAUGAGGCAAAGGCGAGGAAAAGGCAGAAAGGCUCGACUGCUGGAGGCAAGCAGAUGAGGAAGAAAGGCGAGAAGGCGAGGGAUAGGGAGGUGGAGCAGAGGGGGUCAGAGAGGGUACAGGGAGGUAGAGAGAGGCAGCAGAGGGGAAAGGCAAAGGCGGAACGCAAGGCACGCGCGGAGAGCAAGGCACGGGCAAGUGCGCAGAGAUUGGAGGAGCUGAGUGGGGCAAAGGCACGGACGGGGAAUAAGAGUGAAGGGAGUGAGGAGGAGGAGGGGCAGGCGGAGCUGAAAGAGAGUAAGCGGAAGGGGAGAGUGGAGCAGGGGAAGGGAGUGGUGGAAAGUGAAGGAACCGGGGGGGAUGAUGCGUCCAGGGUAGGGAGGAGCACGAGGGGCAGGCGCCAGGGAGGCCAGAGAGUGUUGGCAACAGAAGGGGAUGGGGUGGAGCAGAAGCAAGCGAGUGGUUGUAAAGAAGAAAUUGGAGGAGAAAGGGAAGGAGAGCAGAGAGAUAGAGAGGGGCAGGAAUGGGUCGAGGAAGUCGGAUUUCCAGGGAGGGCGAGAAGAAGACGGAGCAGCAGCGGUGCAGCAGGGUCUCAUCGCACCGGGUUGCAUGGUUUGUCUCCAGUGCGGGUACUGUUCAGCCGAUCCCUGGACGGCGACAUGAUCGCUGAGCUGACGAAAGUAGUGGAGAGGCUGGGAGGAGACGUUGUGUCUGAUACCUCCCCUGCCACCAUCACCACUGCCUCUGCGCUCUCCUCCUCCUCCUCAUCCUCCUCUCCUGUGGUUGCUUCUGCUGCCCCUGCUGCUUCCAUCUGCACUCAUUUUGUCUCGGCGCCGCAAAUCACCCGCUCGAUUAAUCUCCUCGUUGCUAUCUCCAGGGGCUGCCACGUGUGCACUGCUGAUUGGCUGCAUGCGUGUGCGAAGGCACGGGGGUUUGUGGAUGCGGGGGAGUAUGGAUCUCUGCUCUCUCCUGUCUCUAGAGCUUGGCUGGUGCUCCAGUCUCUGCUCUCUCCUGUCUCUAGAGCUUGGCUGGUGCUCCAGUCUCUGCUCUCUCCUGCCUUCUCAGACGUGCUCGCCUCCUCGCCUGCUGCUCUCCCCUCUCCUCACAUCUCCAGGUGA